GAACACACCAUAUUGAUUGUAAAAUAAGGAAUAAUGUGGACAAUGGAGGAAAAUAAUGAACAACCCAGCCAAAUACUAUUGGUAUCACACACCAGCAGGAAAUGUGAGAGUUUAAAAUCGACAUCAAGACUGGCAGAAAAUAGUUGUUUAGCAGGCAUGCGUCUGGACGUGCUACAGUUCCUGGCUGGGUGCUUUGGAGCUGUAAGUUCAAUGUUCCUGCUGGGAUCUCUUGGGUCUGAUUACUGGCUUUUGGCAUCUGAAUCUUGUGAACAAGGUGAUGCUGCUGUUUCCAGACUAUGGAAAGUCAAAGAGGACAUAUCACACGUGCAACCAGAUGGCAGUAACCAGGCUGAGAACACCUAUUUGUUCUAUCAUGAGGGCCUCUUUUGGAGAUGUUCUGACCAGAGGGUUUCAAAUGGAGAGCAGGAGAGCAUGUUGGCAUUUUGGAUCACUAAUCAACCAUCCAAGAAGGUUUGCAUGCUAGCCUACCUGUCUCAUGCUCCUCUCUCUAGACGUACCAAUAGUUUUCUAAACUCAGAUUUUGCUACAGUACAAAGGGCUUUUUGGUGUGUUAUUUUCAUGCUGGGAGUCAUCUCUGUGAUGAUUGGAGGGUUUGUCACAAUCUGUGCUACCUCAGGGACAAGCCAUCGCCUUUAUGAGGCUGGAGGGGCUCUCUUUAUAACUGGAGGUGUCUUAAUCUGGUCUGUAGUACUGUUGUUUGCUGUGUGGGUGCAUGUCUCAGAUUCUUUAGAGCGAUAUGGCCUUCAGCGAAGACGCUUAGUUUGUCCCAGUCUGCAGCUCAGCGUGCACUAUGGUCCUUCCUUUAUGCUGGCUCCCACUGCUGCCUUCUUCUGCCUGCUUACUGGCGUACUCCUCCUGCUCAUUUCAUCAGUCAGCAGAGCAUCAGUCAGACAAACAGAGAAACAGCCAUUCUCAGUGCGAGAGGAACGUGUGUAAUGCCUUUAUAUAUAAAUUACAAUAACUCUUUCACUACCAAUAUACAAAGGAAUUGUGCUAUAUUUGCCUUUGCUAAAAUAACUCAUUAGUGACAGUUGAAACUCAUGAUCCGACCCAGGUGCAAUUAACCUGCUGAUCUAUGCACUACAGCUAAGUCUAUCCAUCAGCCAUGGCUGUUUAUGUACAGUAGGUUA